AUGGCUGGAAAACUGGAGGAGGAUCUCCGCUGUCCGACCUGUUUGGACUUCCUCAAAGAUCCUGUCGUGCUGUCCUGCAGUCACAGCUUCUGUCGCGUCUGUGUUCAGCAGUGGAAGAAGGACAAACGAAAUCCAUCGUGUCCAGUCUGUUUGACAAACUUUUUGGCGAUGACUCAACCUGUAAACCAGGCAGUGAGGGGCGUGUAUGAGAACUUUUCACGAGCCUCAGUCAAGUCAGAGGGCAUCUGCGGUUUGCACAAGGAGGAGCUCAAACUCUUCUGUUUGGACCACCGAGAGCUUGUGUGCAUCAUCUGCAGAGAUGCCAAAAUCCACGCCGGCCACAAGUUCUGCCCACUCGAUGAAGCAUCGCAAGAACACAGAAAGAAACUCCGGGAAGGCCUGCAGGAUGCCAUGAAGAGGCUUGGAAGACUGUCAAGCCUGUAGAGAGAAUCUUCUUGACCAAGCAGAGUACAUCAAGGUCCAAAAAGAGAAAGUUGAAGGCAAGAUUAGGAAGGAUUUUGAGGCGCUUCGUCACUUCCUUGACGUUGAAGAAGAGGCCAGGUUGACUUUUGUUAGGGAG